AAAAAAAAAAAGAAAAAGAGAGAAAAAAAGGGAAUCCUCACUAUCAGAAUGGUGAUCACUUCAAAACGUUAAACUUCGCUCUUUACCAACUGUAGCCACCACGUCGUCAGCAGCAGUAGUCAUAAUAAUGAAUCCUUUAAUGUUGGUCGGCGACAUCGUCGAAAAAGAGACGCCCCCCUCUAAACCUCCGGUCGCUUUUGAGGACAUCGACGCCUCCCCUACCGGCUUCCCCGCACACAAGAAACGCACUCGCGUGUCUGCCUUUAAGCAACAGCGACAAGGCAAGCCCGUGACCGGCGCCGAUACCGCCAAGGCGAAGAGCUCCCUCUCUACACAGGCAGAGGACAAUGGCGGAAGCGACUCACAGGAAUCCUUCGAGGCCGCCGAACGCCGCCGGAUCGAUCGCGAGAACAGGCAGAAGUUGGAGGACAUGAGCCCGGAGGACAUUGCGAGGGAGAGGAAGGAGCUGAUGGACUCACUCGACCCGUCGCUCAUUCAACGCCUCCUUGGCAGGGCCAAUAUCGACGAGCAACAUGGUCCGAAUCCCUUCGAUCCGCCCGCUACGAAAAAUGCCACAGCCAAAGAGCCGGUGACUCCAGCGCCAGAGAUCAAAAUCGAAGACACGUCCACGCCACCGAAAGCUCAACCCCGACCUCAAACAACUUCAACUUCUGCUCCAAAAUCCGUCUCUUUCGCUAAAGUAGAAGACUCGGGGCCAUCACCGCCGCCCCCCGUAGACGAAGACAAGCCCCCAUCCGCGCCUCCGGAAGGCCUCUUCCCGCUCAAUUCUCAGCCCGACAAGACGCACUUCCCUCAGCCACCCGCUCUCCCCGAUCUCGAUCCCUCCCACCCGGACUUCCUCGCAACUCUCCACGAGAAGUUCUUCCCGAACCUGCCCGCCGACCCGAGUAAGCUAGCCUGGAUGGCGCCCAUCCCCACCGCACACAGCCCAGCCGAUCGCGAAUCCCCAUACUACCCGGGCCAGCCCUCGCUGCCCAUCUCGGCGCUGCGGUUCGACUUCAAGGGCGGCCUAAUCCCCCCCAAGCUCAGCAGAGCGAUUCCCGUGUCCAAGGGACUGCAUCACCACGGCCAGGCGCCAGAGGCGGCGGGAUAUACGAUCGAGGAGCUUUCCAUCUACGCGCGGAGUGCCGUCCCUGCGCAGCGUUGUAUCGCUUUCCAGACGCUGGGGCGGAUUCUGUAUAGGCUGGGGAAAGGCGAAUGGGGCAACGGCGAGGAGGAUAGUCUAGCGAGGGGCAUCUGGAGCAGUAUUCAGGAAGGUCGGGUGUUGGAAAGCCUAUCAGAGGCGGCAAUUGUCGAGGGAGGCCACAGGGGAAGCCGCGCGUACGCGACGGAGGCACUAUGGUUGUUUGAGAAGGGCGGCUGGAGGGAGCAGUGGUCAGGCAGGUAGGAAAUGGGAAAGUUAUUGUCCCCCGACUCUGCGUCUGCGGGAGAAAGCUUCCAGGGCUAGUGCUCCUGGCAGAGAGAUCAACAACGGCACCACAAAUACGAGACUAUGACUUGUGCUAAGGAGAGGAAAGGUUGGCCGUCCAACACAAGCCUCCAAACUGUAAAGGCUAAAGCCGGCGCCAGGAGAACAAGACGGUUAGGCUGAAUGAAUCAGUAGAAGCCAAGCAACAGCGGCGUCUUCGGCCGUUUUGGCUUUGCAACCCCUAGGCU